CUCCUAUCGAGAAAUUGAAGGAGUGCUAGACAUUUCAAACGGUACUCUUGUUUACAAUGGUCCCACACUUGCAACACAAGCUUUUAUUUUCUUCCCGCUCAUGUCGGAUCAUAAGGUUUGAGCAUGUCGUCAUGGAUUACUGGUGGUGUCAGCUAUAAAGGCACCGACAUCCUCUACUACCUCAUCCCUCUUUCCCCUUAACUUGACCCUUACAACCAAAAACCCAUCUCUCUUUCAGAUAUACAGCACACAUUCCACCGACAAAAUGAGCACCUCAACUCCCAGCUUCGCAAUCGCCCAAGCCGUAGGCCUAACCGGCGCGGCCUGGCUAUCCGGAAACAUCUUCUCCCUAAGCUUGAUGGGCGUGCCCCCGCUGAUCGAAGCCCACCACACGGAGAAGAUCCCGCUCUCGACCGUCGUCAAGCAGUGGCGCACCAUCUACACGUACGGCGCGCAGCGCGCCCCGGCCAUCGCCCUCAGCACCGCCUCCACCUUCCUGUACCUGGCCUGGAGCGUGCGCGAGAGCACCCCACUGAGCCUGAUCACCGCGCGCCACAGCUCCAAGGUCUACGGCCUCGCGGCGGGGUUGACGCUGGGCAUCGUGCCCUUCACCAUCCUGGCGAUGAAGAAGACCAACGACCGGCUGUCGCAGUGGGCCACGGUCAAGACCGAGGCCGACUGGACCCCCGAGGCGGACGCGGAGGUGGAAGGCCUGCUGUGGAAGUGGACCUGGCUGAAUGCCGCCCGGUCGGUAUUGCCGUUGCUGGGAGGGUUGGUGGGGUUGGGGGUUUUUGCUUGAUUUCUACGUCGAAGUACAUUUAGACUAGGUCUGGGAGGUGGUGCAAUAAUGUGCAUUCGUGCUGGAGUUAAUGGAGUUGGCCAUAUCGAGUUGUAUCGUUGGGAAAGUUUGUUGCAAUUUUUGAUCCUGGCCAGUGUCCGGACAAGUCCGAUAAGCUUCGCGAUAAGGUCUUUGCUUAUCGGGUGUCCGAUAAGAUUUCCGCUGCCUUGAUACCUUGUCUGCCUUUGAUGUUUAGGUUUGGAUGCAGUUACUGUACCUGUCUAUAGUUCAUAGGACGUCUGGGUCAAGAGGCUUGGUUUACUUUAACAUUACAAUCGAGUGUAAAUAUUGCAUGCUCGCUUUUUAGAGAUACGAAGCGUUGUGUGAGUUGAGGGUCCAUCUAACCCAAACCGUUCAGCA